AUGGUCGCCGCCUGCCACAGGUCAGGCACGCGACAUGCUCUACGCCGCUACACGACCCAAACCACUCCCCCUACCUCCCCGUUCGCGCCUCGCCAUCUCCUCUCUAUCGCCGACCUAACGCCCACGGAAUUCGCGACCCUUGUGCGCAAUGCCUCUUCCCACAAACGCACUAUCAAGUCGGGGUCCAUCCCUCAGAACCUCUUCGGGGCGCUCAGUGCCAAAACCGUCGCGAUGAUGUUCAGCAAGCGCAGCACCCGCACCCGCAUAUCAACAGAAGGUGCUAUCACCCAAAUGGGGGGCCAUCCGAUGUUUCUGGGCAAAGAUGACAUUCAGCUGGGGGUGAACGAAUCGCUGUAUGACACGGCGGUGGUGGUCUCCUCGAUGGUGUCUUGCAUUGUGGCGCGGGUGGGCCCACAUGCCGAUGUCGCAGACCUGGCGAAACAUUCCUCGGUUCCGGUGAUCAACGCCCUGUGCGACUCGUUCCAUCCGCUGCAAGCGAUUGCGGAUUUCCAGACCGUGUAUGAGACAUUCUCGCCAAAGGCGCACGACCGGACGGGGUUGGGGCUAGAAGGGUUGAAGAUUGCUUGGGUGGGUGAUGCGAAUAAUGUCUUGUUCGAUAUGGCAAUUGCUGCCACUAAGAUGGGGGUGGAUGUCUCUGUGGCAACGCCCAGGGGCUAUGAGAUCCCCGCGGAUAUGUUGGACCUUAUUGGUCAGGCUGGAAAGGGUGCCAGGAAUCCGGGCAAGUUGCUACAAACCAAUGUGCCGGAGGAGGCAGUAAAGGGGGCGGAUAUACUGGUCACAGAUACCUGGGUGUCGAUGGGACAGGAGGCCGAGAAGAUCAAAAGGAUGAAGGAUUUUGAGGGAUUCCAGAUUACUCAAGAGUUGGCGAAGAGGGGUGGUGCAAAUGAUGGUUGGAAGUUUAUGCAUUGUUUGCCUCGCCAUCCGGAGGAGGUCAGUGAUGAGGUGUUUUAUGGGCAUCGGUCGUUGGUCUUCCCGGAGGCGGAGAACCGGCUAUGGGCUGCUAUUUCAGCAUUGGAAGGAUUUGUUGUUAACAAGGGAAAGAUUGAGUAA